CUCCAGAAACAAGAAACAACGAAAUGAGUGGCCGCGGAAAGACCGGAGGAAAAGCCAGAGCGAAGGCCAAGACCCGCUCCUCUAGAGCCGGACUCCAGUUCCCGGUGGGCCGCGUUCACAGGCUGCUGCGCAAAGGCAACUACGGAGAGCGGGUCGGUGCCGGAGCCCCCGUCUACCUGGCCGCUGUGCUCGAGUAUCUGACCGCUGAGAUCCUGGAGCUGGCUGGGAACGCCGCCCGCGACAACAAGAAGACCCGCAUCAUCCCCCGUCACCUGCAGCUGGCCGUCCGCAACGACGAGGAGCUCAACAAGCUGCUGGGUGGAGUCACCAUCGCUCAGGGUGGAGUGCUGCCCAACAUCCAGGCGGUGCUGCUGCCCAAGAAGACCGAGAAGGCCGCCAAGGCCAAGUAAACCUGCUGUUGCUCAGCAACAAGCAAACAAACGGCUCUUUUAAGAGCCACACACUUUACUGUAAGAGCUCUGACUGCUGCUGCUGCUUUGAUAUUACUUUUUUUCACUUCAAGAAUUAAAGUUUUAUUUAUGUCAGAUUAUUUUUAAAGAUUACUUGUGAUUAUAGGCCAGUUUUAUUGGGAAUUAAUUGAAUAAUUGCACAAUAAUCCUUAUAAAAGCCUAAU